CAAGAGUGCGGCGGACUAAGGGGGAUUAUGUGAGAGAUGCCGCUUUCUGCCUCUCUUGAGCAGCAACGAUUUGGGCUGAUUGCUUCGGCUUCUUUAGUCUCACCUCAAAGCUUUCUUCACUCUUGUAAGCUUGUCGUACGGUAAAAACAAACGCGCGCCUCCUAGCUAGCCACUUCCCGAGAGUCGCUCGCAGGGAGCUAGCAGGCUAGCUUUUAAAAUGCAGGCGCUAAUGUGUUCUAAUGCACGGUAAUUUUCCGAGAUUGGUAUGUGCAUAAUCUAUGGGAGAGAAUAACUCGAACGCCUGGACUGUUUGAGAGCUGGGGCCGGCGGCGGCGGAAGGUUUACACUGACGGCGGCCCAAGCAGCCCUAAUGCAUGCAAAGUUAACACAAUAACAUCACUUAAUUAUUUGGCCAGCCCAUAAAUCUCUCAGUUAUGAGGCUUCAGAAGGGCCCUACUAGAUUGCAAAACGAGACUAAAAUUUCAGCAGCUGCGGUUUCGAGGUGACCAGAUGCUUGCUCUUUCAAAGAACGGGGAAGAAGGGAGUGUAGAACCCCUGGGUCUGGGGGGUGAAGAUUGUUAUUGAAAUUCACAGCCCGGCAAACUUCUCCUGGGGACAAGGUGUAUGCAAUAAGUGGAGACAGUAUCCGCGGAUCUUUCCUCUAGCAACACACACACACACACACACACACACACACACACACACACACACAGACACACACACACGCGCGCGCACACACACAGACUCACACACGCACAGACACACACAGACACACGCACGCGCGCGCGCGCGCGCACACACACACACACACACAGAGAGAGAGAGAGAGAGAGAGAGAGAGAGAGAGAGAGAGAAAGAGAGAGAAAGAGUCGUUCACUCAUAUCGCUUUUCUGGAAUCCUUAAGAGGACUGUUCACCCUAGGUUACUACCGUGGGUAGGUAACCAUAGCCUCCUCUGGUAUUUACAUUCUACAAUCCGAGCCUGGGGCAUUGACUACCUGGGAGAACGCUCUCUGAAAGCUGCAGCUUUCAAAAGUACACUUUCAUCUUCCUAGAAUUACCGUUGUUUGACAAACCCAGGUCGGGAGGUCGGAGUGGAGGAGAUUUCCGCGAACUGUGUGGGGGUUGAGGGGGUGGUUGAAGACAGCCAGAGAGGCCGACACUGUGCACUGAAAGCCGUAAAAGCAAUAGAUUCUUCCAAAGCAGGUUGCGCUCCGUUUGCCUCCGAAGAUUCAAGCGAGCUGAGGUUGCGCAGAUGUUGCCUUUGUUUAAAGAGACAGUAAUUAAGGACAGGGUGGACAUAAGUUUGAGAAGCGUGACCUAUUUUCUUUUGAUCAGCUGUCAAAAGAAGAGCAGGGGGUCUUCUUAAGACUGCCCCCUCCGACCAUUUCCAGCUGUUAGAGAAAACUUGAUAAGAAAACAAGGACAGCCCACAAUACUGUAUGUGCCUUCUUGGGACUAGAGAAUGGUUUGAUUCAUUUGGACAACAGUUCUUCUCGAAGUGACCUUUUCUGCUGCUCUGUCCUCUUUUCCAGCCACAGACACACCCUACUUACCACCCAUGAAUGUCCGGUGAUGUUGUUCAUAGAUCAACUUUGUUGAGCUUUUGGUCAACAUGCUGCCAAUUAUUCUUUCCAAUAGCAUCCUCUAGGACAUGGACCACCAAGAUAACUCUGCUCCUGGGAAUUACGUUUCCGUGCUGUAGAGCCGAGAGCAGCAAGCCUUUCUGGGAAUCAACAUCGCCCAUGAAUUGCAGCUGUCUGCGUAGCUCCGGGACAAAAAUCGUCACACGCACAAAAAAGUACCCCCCUUAUCAAACACACCAUCCCUUCCUGGAGAGUCUUCUUCGCUUUUCCUCAGAGUCCCUUGUAAUGAAGACCCGGCCGGCGAGGCUCUGCGAUUACACGAUUACACGUGCAGAUGCAUGCUCGGGCUGGUUGAACACGGGAAGGAGAAAACUAAAACUAAAGCGUAGGGCCAAGUCUCUCGAGCUUCUCAGCCUGAAAAAAAGAAAAAUCUAUCAAGGCUUUUCAGAUGUCCUGCUGGGUCUAGGAAAUUUAAAACAACAGACGAACAAGCAAACAACAAACAAAUGAAUCAUUAAAGUUUUUUUUUCUGUU